UAUUAAUGUAAGAUCUGAGGUGUGCGAUUGCAGAUCAUAACAAAAAAAGGUUUGUUUCUAUUACUCUACAAAAAGUAGCUGAGAAAAGACUAUUCUGUUUUCAAUGUUAAAGUGACGCUAGUGGUGGUGACAUUACAAAAUCACAAUUAGUAAGCUAACUUAAACUAUGCGAUUUGGAUGAAGUCAUGGAAGGAAAUGCUUAUUCUGUGUAUAAUUGGCCAGCUGACGAUGACGGUGCUAAGAUAAAGGAAUACCUGCUUGGAUAUAAGGUAAUUGUGAAGUGUAACUUUUUUAGAGCAUAGAAUUAUAGAGGAAGGACAUCGAAGAUUUCUUUAUGCAGAUGAAAUAAAAAUUGAAUGAACAAGUUGAGAAUGUGAAACAACUCUUGGUGGAAUCACUCUAUGCAACAUAAUUCAUCAAAGAUGAAAAACUUAAAUAAGAGGAGCCAGAAAAGAAGGACGCCAAAAAAGAUGACAAGAAGGAGACAAAGAAGGAUGAUAAGAAGGAAACCAAAAAGGACGAUAAGAAAGAUACAAAAAAGGAUGACAAAAAGGAAGACAAGAAAGAUCUUAAGAAAGAAGGUACUUUUGACCCUUAUAUCAAAUAGAGGAGAAAUUAGAUUAAACACCUUCAAUUGAAAAUCUGAAGAAACAUUAUGAUGUCAUCUAUGAUCUUACUAAAAUCAAGACACUCAUCAAAGAAAAUGCAAAGAGUGAUCCAAAUCUCUUGAGUGCUAAAAUCAAUGAAUACUUAAAUGAUCCAAAAAGAUCUGAUUAGAUCAUUAGCAUGAAAAAAGUGUUUCAAGGAGUCAUGUCUGGAAAAGUUGAGUUUAAUUAGAUAGCAUCCAAUAGACAAGCCUUAGAAAGCUAUGGGGAAUAAAUUUAAACUAGCAUAUAACAAUGGACUGUAUUCAAUUUAUUUAUAACGAAAUUAGCGUAAAUUUGGAAGAGUUCAAUGGAAAUUCACUCCGUCAAAGGCAGAUUAGUCUAAUUUGAUUAAACAAUUGGCAGAAGAUUAUAAAGAAUGUGCUGGAGCUGGAUUACAAUCAUAAAUUAUAUAUUCUGAGACUAGUUUUAGUGAGGGUCAACAUGGUUGCAUCAUCAUAUUUAAAGAAUUCGAUCAAAAGAGAGCUGGAUCAAAUGGAAAUUUCUUUGUAGGAGUUGUACAAGAUGAUUCAAAAGACAAAUCUCCAUAUGGCAAGGGGUUCAGAAAAGAUUUAUUUAGUCAAAAUGGAGAAGGAUUGAAUGUAAGAAUCGGAACUGAUUUCAACAAUGUAUUUAAAGUAAUGUUCAUUGCAUAAAAGUUAGAUGCCUCCGAAACUGUUGGCAAUCAAAUUGGAUGUGGAUAACAAUUACUUUGAAGUCUGCGAUGGUAAACGGACAAUAGUUUAUGGAUUGGAUAAAGAGAGCAAAUUGAAGGGGGAUAAGUGGAGAAUCUAUUUCUGGUGGAAUAUUGCAGCUGACAGAAUCUAAUUAAUUCACAGUUAUUGAGCCAAGUUUAUUU